GCUGGCACACGGCCCUGGAGUGCCUUCCGCUGGUAGCUAGGGGACUAGAACUGUGAUUGUUUUCUAUUUCUUUUCCUAUUCAAUUUGAUUUUUUAUGUGUGCAGUUCUAAAGAAAGAAAACGAAAUUCUUCUCGACCAGUCUCAUGUGAAACCAGCCACAUGAUCAAAACGAUGACUGGGCCACUGAGAUACCAGUUUGCAAUCAUAACCGCAUAUCAUCUGGCCUGCGUCUUGGUACUAGCUUCCGAGGUUCCACACGACCUUGUAAGGCGCCAGGCCGAUGAAGAUGCGUCUCAGAUCGUCUUUUCUAACAGCAAUCCAUCCCAGAAUUCUCUGAACGGCGACCCCUCGAGUGAUCCACAGAAAGUCGAGAUAAGGCCCUCAGACUGGAGGUUCCUGGAGCUGCUGCAGGUCAACAGCUCCGCGCCUCAGAAUAUCAUAGAAGCAGAAAAUAACCCCGACGAAUGGCAUGCCUUGGCCUCCACGCUCCUUCACCAUUCCUUCGUCGCUGAUCAGAUUAUGCAGUAUCAACUUUCGCGCUUGCUUGGAGAUGGAGAGGCAGAGACUAACUCCUCGUACGUGCCUUAUUACCUCGACCAGUCGGCAAGGCUAGUGGCCGGUCUCAACGAUUCGGCGCCUGACGAUUUGUUCCAGAGCAUGGGUAUGAUGGUAGUGGGACAACCUUGCUUGACCUCCAGCAACAAAGGUCACGUCUCUGCCCUGCUGGUGGCUCUAUCCGAUGUCCCCUCACCCAUUGUUCAGAUAGACCAAAAGGUCACAGACAAAUGCGACACAUCCUGCGAGAGUGAGGAUCCCCCCAAUAGUCAGAAAGUGGAAGUUGAAUACCUAGGCGGAGUCUACGAUAAUACAGACGAACUGUCCAGCUUGAAUAGUUCUUCGAUGUCGUACGUUAUGUUCCUCCUCACAGGCAGGAUCGACAAGAGGUCCGUGGCUGUCAGAGUUGAUCAGAACAUGACGGUGGUGAGGGAAAGCUCCGACGACUGCAAUGAAACAACGACCGAGAUGCCUACAACGACACCAACUGAGACUCCAACAACAACCGUUAUAACGGAGACAAGUACGACAGUCCCAACAACAGUGACAACUGAGACACCUCCAGUUUCUAGUACGACCGAGACAUCGGCAACUACAACUACUCGACCAACAGCAAUGGAAACGACAACAAUCACUCCAUUCAUUUCUGAGACUCCCACGACGACCGUUAUAACUGAGACAAGUACGACAGUCCCAACAACAGAGACAACUGAAACGACUAUACCCGCAAGUACACCGGAAACUACUCUUUUCACUUUGCCGAACACAACAACAGCUGGUCCAAUUAUUGUUGAGCCCAUAGAUCCGAUUCCCGAGGAGGAAGUCGAUACCAUCGUGCAAGGGAUCGAGGACGUUGAUUGCCUUGACUGCAAUGAAACUGCGUCAGAGUAUUCCCAGAGUGUUAUCAUCGAAAAUACAUAUGAAAUGGAUGAUUUCGAAAAAGCUCUGAGCAGGCUGCAGGAGAGCGAGAAUGGCCAUUGUGUGAUAGAAGCUGUAUAUUCACAAGGCGUCAAUAGCACAGCGAACGAAACUUGGUACUACAUGGAUCAGCAUGAACUAGUCUGGACGGAAGUAGAGGAAGAUUACGAGAGGGAUAUCCACAUUGGCCACGGUCUGGUGGUGAUUCUGCCUCUGAUUUCGAAUAAUGGGUCUGUGAGUUACGUCAUCCUUGCGAGGACUUACGUCGAUGAGCCCGCGAGCCCCAUUGUGCAGAUCCAGCAGGCGUUCAUAGACCACAGCGGAUGUGGCUGCGUGGAUGAGAAUGCCAAUGGAGACGGAACUAAUGUAACACAUUAUGUUUCACAGCACUUCGAGCACAGAUAUAACUAUAGCGACCUCGCACUAGACCUGGAUUCCAUGACCGACUACAUCAAGAUGCUCGAGGCUGUCCCGCCCUUCGAGCGCCAGUACAUAAAUAUCAUUGCCUUCAAUGAAAUCGAGGGGCCCGAUUGUAAUGAGACGACAACCACAAUGGAAACUACUACCACGGUGGAAACAACCACGCCAGUGGAAACUACCACGGUGGAAACAACCACGCCAGAGGAAACUACUACUACGGUGGAAACAACCACGCCAGUGGAAACUACCACGGUGGAAACAACCACACCAGAGGAAACUACCACGGUGGGAACAACUACCACGGUGGGAACAACUACCACAGGGGAAACAACCACCACGGUGGAAACAACCACACCGACAACACCGACUGAGACGACCUUCGAGAUAAAACCCACCACAAAGCCCAAAGAAGACACGAUAAUACAGGUGGACGAGCAAUUUGAAGCUAAUGCCGACUGUAACGAUACCGAGAGCAAUUUCCUCCAAGAAGUCGUCAUUGACAACGAUUUUGGAAAGGAUGAUUUUGUUUACGCUCUUCAUAGACUGAAAGCGAGUGAGGAAAGCUUCUGUGUGAUCGAAACGGUUUUCUCGCAAGACUCUAACAUCUCUGCCAAUUCAUCUUGGUAUUACAUGGAUGAGAACGACCUGAUUUACUUGGAGGAGAAGGAGUACCAGAGAGAUGUGCAUAUUGGCUAUGGUAUAUUGGUCAUCUUGCCAUUGAUAAGCGUCGACGGCACUGUCAUGUUCGUCAUCCUACUAUGGACUUUUACGGCCGAACCCGCUAAUCCUAUCAUUCAAAUCGCACAAAGCUUCCAGUCGCACAGAGACUGCGGUUGUAUAGGCGACAACGGGGUCGAAGAUUUGGGCAACAGAACGGAUGAUGUGAUGCAUUAUGUGAUACAACACUUCACUGAAAUAUCGUCUAAUAACGCUAGCACCAUGGAUUUGGACUCCCUAACAGACUACAUGCAGAUGUUGGCUGCGGUCCCCGCCUUCGAACGCCAUUUGUCAGAUAUUAUUGUCCGCAAUGUUUUUGAGGAAGAGUGUCUGGAAAAUGAGACAACCACCAUUUCAAGUACAACAGAAUCCACAGUUUUGACGGAAACAACCUUUACAACUCUGGAUUCCACAAUACUAAUAGAAACAACUUUUACAACUCCGGAAUCCACAAUUUUACCUGAAACAACUUUUACACCACCGGCAUCCACAACUUUACCAGAGACAACCGUGACAACUCUAGAACCAACAACCUUACCAGAAACAUCGCCUACAACUCUGGAAUCUACAAACAUACCAGACACAACGUCUAUAACACCGGAGACCGUGACCUUCCCAGAAACAACAUUUACAAGACCGGAAUCCACCGGAGUUUCAGCUGAAUCAACCUUCACAAAACCAGUUUCUACAACUUUAAUGGCAACUAAUUUGACAACCCCAGAAUCUACCACAACCACCUUCACAACAUCGGAAUCUACAACAGUUUCAAAGGAAUCCACAACGUCAAGGGAAACAACCACUACAGAACUAGAAUUCUCAACGGAGGUAACAACCAUUACCACAACGGAGCCACUAACAGACAUAGUUACUAAAACUACAGGAACAACUGUACCACUGGUUACAACUACAAUGGCAACUACUACGGAAACCACAAAGAAACCGACGUUCGGGAUAAAGCCAAUCACGAAACCUAAAGAAGAUACGAUAGUACAGGUGGCCGAACAUGCAGAUACCUAUGCUGACUGCAAUGAUACUGAGAGCAGCUUCCUGCAGGAAGUUAUCAUCGAUAACGAGUUCGACAAGGAUGAAUUUGUGCACGCAGUACACAGACUGAAAGCGAGCGACGAAAGCUACUGUGUGAUCGAAACGGUUUUCUCACAAGACUCUAACAUCUCUGCCAAUUCGUCCUGGUAUUACAUGGAUGAGAACGACCUGAUUUACUUGGAGAAGGAGAAGGAGUACCAGAGAGAUGUGCAUAUUGGCUAUGGCGUAUUGGUGGUCUUACCUUUGAUAAACGUCGAUGGCUCUCUCCUGUUCGUCAUACUAUUCAGGACUUUCACGGCCGAACCCGCCAGUCCUAUCGUUCAAAUUGCACAGAGCUUCCGAUCGCAUAGAGAUUGCGGGUGCAUUGGCGAGGACGAGGUCGAAGGUCUGGGCAAUGGAACGUAUGAUGUGACGAGUUCAGUGAUACAACAUUUCACCGAAACAUCAAGCUAUAAUACCAGCGGAUUGGAUAUAGAGUCUCUCACAGACUACAUCCAGAUGCUGAUCGCGGUCCCUCCCUUUGAGCGUCAUUUGUCAGAAAUUAUUAUCCAUAGAACUCUUGAGGAAGAAUGUGAAGAUAAUGAAACGACCACUAUUUCACCUACAACAGAAACAACGACAGUAACAAUUACAUCCCCGAAAACUGCAGAGGAAACUUCCACAAUAUCGGAAACAACCACACCAAUGACAACUAUAACAGAAUCAUCUAAAUUAUCAUCAGUAACGUUUACCAUAGUAGAAACAUCUACUGUUCCAUCUGUAACAUCCACGUCAUUAGCAGAAAUAACAUCAGAAACUUCUACAAUACAAACUACAGCGGCGGUAACUACAACGCCGGGAAUUACUACAACACUAAGACCUACAACAAUGAUAUUUACACCAAAAGAAAUAUUUACAACUGCGACACCAGAACCUACAGUCACUGAAGUUACUACAACACCUGAACCUACAGUCACUGAAGUUACUACAACACCGGAACCUACGGUCACUGAAGUUACUACAACACCUGAACCCACAGUCACUGAAGUUACUACAACACCUGAACCUACAGUCACUGAAGUUACUACAACACCGGAACCUACAGUCACUGAAGUUACUACAACACCUGAACCUACAGUCACUAAAGUUACUACAACACCGGAACCUACAGUCACUGAAGUUACUACAACACCGGAACCUACAGUCACUGAAGUUACUACAACACCUGAACCUACAGUCACUAAAGUUACUACAACACCGGAACCUACAGUCACUGAAGUUACUACAACACCGGAACCUACAGUCACUGAAGUUACUACAACACCGGAACCUACAGUCACUGAAGUUACUACAACACCGGAACCUACAGUCACUGAAGUUACUACAACACCGGAACCUACAGUCACUGAAGUUACUACAACACCGGAACCUACAGUCACUGAAGUUACUACAACAUCGGAACCUACAGUUACUGAAGUUACUACAACACCGGAACCUACAGUCACUGUAGUUACUACAACACCGGAACCUACAGUUACUGAAGUUACUACAACACCGGAACCUACAGUCACUGUAGUUACUACAACACCGGAACCUACAGUUACUGAAGUUACUACAACACCGGAAUUUACAGUCACUGAAGUUACUACAACACCGGAACCUACAGUUACUGAAGUUACUACAACACCGGAAUCUACAGUCACUGAAGUUACUACAACACCGGAACCUACAGUCACUGAAGUUACUACAACAUCGGAAAUCACAACUGCUACUGCACCGCCCGACGUUAUCGCCCCUAUUGAAGAGGGAAAGGGCGAUGGGAUAAUUCAGAUUUCAUCGAAUGUAAACAUGACCUGUGACGACGCUGAGCCAGAGGACUUCGUACAGGAUGUUGCCAUUGAAAACAAAUACGAGAUGGAUGACUUUGAAAUGGCCCUACACAGACUGAAGAAUAGCGAAGACAGUUAUUGCGCAGUGCAAACUGUACUUUCCCAAGAUCCUAACAACACCAUGAAUUCUUCUUGGUACUACAUGGACUACGAAGGUCUAAUCCGAAUGGAAACUGGGGAGGAGUACAGGGCAGAGGUUCAUAUCAGCCAAGGACUUUUGAUGAUUCUGCCUUUAAUCGACGGCGAUGGUAACCUCAAUAUCGUCAUACUAAUCAGAACCUUUAAUGAUGAGCCUGCGAGUCCAAUCGUCCAGAUCAGUCAGACAUUUGCGGAUCACAAUGAGUGCCAUUGCAAAAAGAGAGAGACUUUUCAGUCUUCUAGCCAUAUAGCAGAUGACGUCUCGUUCCACGUGGCACAACAUUUUCAGGAAAAUGCUACAAGCUUAUUAAAACCAAGACGAUCCCCUAGAAAUGCAGUCAUUGACCCCCUGACGGACUACAUCAACAUGCUCGAUGCUGUGCCGCCAUUCCAACGUACAGUAAAAGACCUCAUAAUCAUAAGCGAACUUGAAGAAGAGUGCCAGAACGAAACGACAACAGAGCCUCCAACAAAAUCACCAACAUCAACGGAACUGAUAACCCCAGCGAGCGUCUCUUUACCGCUGGAAACAUCAACGCCCGCAGAAAUAACACCAACGGUACUGCCUCUUUCCUCAACUGUUGCAUCCGCGGAGACCACAAUGGAAACCACUACCACACCAGGUAAUUUUAUUUAUAGUUGUGAAGUAGCAUGGCAAUUUUAAAACUGGAUUAUUAACAACUAAGGAAUUACAGUAGAUCCAACUGAAAUAAGAUCAACUGAAGAAAUGAAAGAAAAUAAGAAUUAACAUUAAAUUAUCCCUUACAUUUCAGAUUUUUCGUGUAUUUUUGUUUACAU